AUGGGACAGAAGAAUGAAGAAAGUAUGACGCUCAGCUAUGAACAAAACCAAAGCGUAUUCAGCCAGCUAGGUGCUGGAUGUUAUAGUUUGGCUACUGGCUUUGCAGAACUACUACAAAAGAAUGCAACUGAUGAUAGUUGGAAUAAGAUUGAUACUGGAGCGAUUUGCUAUGUGCAGAAUUCUAAUCGAAAAGAAUAUAGUUUGCGACUGAUUGAUCCUGGCUUCAACAGUAAUCCACCGUCGGAAAAAUGCAAAAUUUUGAUAUCCGCAGAUAUUGAGUUCUCCAAAGACUACCCUAACCUGGUAACUUUCACAUCUUCCGACAACCUCUUCUAUGGUUUGAAUUUUUCUCACAACAAAGAAGCUGGAAAAUUUUUUGGUCGCGUACAGUAUUUUCAAAAUGAACGGCAAAAAACUGCGGUACAACAAGAAGUUCAACCGAUGAUGAUUGAACAGAAAAGUGCUGAGGAGCGUAGUCCACUUUCUUUCGAACGGUCCUACGUCUCUGCUGGAUUUACAAACAUGCAUUCAUUACAAGCAGAGGGUGUACAUGGUGGAUUUAUUGUGAAAACGAAUUUUGUCAACAUAUCGCCUGCAGGUUUCAAAAGAGACAAACGUGUGAAAGAGAAGAAAGAAGAAAAGAUACCUAAAGCUGCUAUCAGCUAUCCUAAAAACUUCAAGCACAUUGCACAUAUUGGUGACGGCGCUUUUUGCUUGAAUAGUCCAACGAUUGACCCGACUGUCAGAGAUAUGUUUUUUUUUCCCAAUGGUUUUUCACAGGCAGUAAAGAAGGAACCUUCUGGUAUGCGUCGACAGAUUAGCAAGAAGGAGCCGGAAGUGUGUAAUGCAACAGGCUUAUCGUCUUUGCAAAAAAUUUCAAGCUUUAAUGAACGCUCUCCUCGCCGACCACCUCGACCACCUCCACUCCAAAGACCGAAAACAGAAUUAGUUAAAGAUUAUGAGAACGGAAUAAUCAAACAUGAGGUGUGUGAUAAAAAAAACUCGCCAAAUUUCUCAAAUGCUCACAGAUGUCCUUCUGGCCGUCCACCUUUGUGCCAUAAGCCGAGCAAUAUACCAAAUGUUGAGCAUAAGCAAUUAGCAUCUCGGUCACCAGAAACUGCGAAUUUCGCCGGACAGUCAACACCAACGUCAAGCGCUUUCAAAAAGAAGUUGGAGCUUGCCGUGUGUGCAAACUACAAUCAUCGCCGUCCGGAUAAUUCAAGACCUCGCGAAAUAACUGCCGAAAACAUAGACCCUUCUUUUCGCGACAAAAUGCGAAUAUCAUCUUAA